CAAAAUGUAAAAAACGGUCCAAGAGAUUCAAGAGAAACAUAAAGAAAUUCAAGGCAAUUAGGCCUCGGGGCAACCAGUAGUGGCAUUACUGUAAGUUAAAGGUGAAAGGUGGUUAGGCCUUUCAAUGUCGGUCAUCACCAAUGAAGUUAGAACAAAAGGGGUUCAAAGGGGAGUAAAGCAAAGCGGUCAGGCUCUUGGACUGUGGGAACGUUCUGGGCGAGUUACUCGCCCAGAAACCAUCACAGCCACAACCGUGGGAACUUUCUGGGCAAGCUGCUUGCCCAGAAUCUUCCCACAGGGGGGGGGGGGUGCCAAUUAUGGAAAGUCGGCAAAGAGCCGAAAACUGUAUAGUUCCUGGCUCCCAUUUGUAGCGGUGUCACAGGAGGUUGAGAAGGUUACCCUUCUUCUCAACUCAUUUCCUGUGAAGGCAAGUGCUGGGGCUAGCCCCCUCAAUACCCCAGCGACUAGGAGGAUCCCCCUGGGCCCAUCACGGAAUGAGGGCCAGGCCCUGACAUAA